GCCUGAUCGCGGGCCGGGCCCGGCCGCUCGCAGGCUGGGGCCGAGGAGCGGAGCCGCCCCGGUGCCCCCGCGCCCGAGCGCUCGCCCCGCUCACGGUCUUCCCGGGCUGGAGGCGCGAGGGCUGAGCGCGCGCGGCGCCGCGGCGGGUCCCGGGGAGCAGGGGCCCCGGACGCCUAGCGGCUCGAGCGGUUCGGGGCGCGCCGGAGGUCCCGGAGGAGGACUGGAGAUGUCCUGUCCGUGCCGCCUCCUGCUCACCUACCUGUUCCCGGCCCUGCUGCUCCACGACUGGACCCAGCUUCAAGGCGCAGGGGACUUCUGAGAGCCAAGCUGUGAUCCUGGAAACCAGUCUAGGCUGGGAGAGGGUUCUGCCCUCCUUCGUCCAGAUAGCAGGUCGCAUCCUAGAUCCUUAGAGAAAAGUGCCUGGAGGGCGUUUAAGGAAUCACAGUGUCAUCACAUGCUCAGACAUCUCCACAAUGGAGCAAGGAUCACUGUGCAGAUGCCACCGGCGAUCGAAGGCCACUGGGUGUCCACUGGCUGUGAGGUGAGGUCGGGCCCAGAGUUCAUCACAAGGUCUUACAGAUUCUACCACAAUAACACCUUCAAGGCCUACCAGUUCUACUAUGGCGGCAACCGCUGCACCAGCCCCACCUACACGCUCAUCAUCCGAGGCAAGAUCCGCCUGCGCCAGGCCUCCUGGAUCAUCCGCGGGGGCACGGAGGCCGACUACCAGCUGCACAGCGUGCAGGUCAUCUCCCACACGGAGGCGGUGGCCGAGAGGCUCAGCCAGCUGGUGAACCGCACGUGCCCUGGCUUCGUCCCCGCCGGAGGUGCCUGGGUGCAGGACGUGCCCUACGACCUGCUGCAGGAGGAGGACGGCUGCGAGUGCACCAGGGCCGUGAACUUCGCCAUGCACGAGCUGCAGCUCCUCCGGGUGGAGAAGCAGUACCUGCAGCACCACCUGGACCGCCUGGUGGAGGAGCUCUUCCUUGGCGACAUCCACACCGAUGCAGCCCAGAGAACGUUCUACCGGCCGUCCAGCUACCAGCCCCCCCUGCAGAACGCGAAGAACCACGACCAUGCCUGCAUCGCCUGUCGAAUCAUCCACCGGUCGGAUGAGCACCACCCUCCCCUCCUGCCCCCCAAGGCUGACCUGACCGUGGGCCUGCAUGGAGAGUGGGUGAGCCAGCGCUGUGAGGUGCGGCCCGAGGUCCUCUUCCUCACGCGCCACUUCAUCUUCCACGACAACAAUAACACCUGGGAAGGGCAUUACUACCACUACUCGGACCCCGUCUGCAAGCAUCCCACCUUCACCAUCUACGCCAAGGGCCGCUACAGCCGCGGCGUGCACUCCUCCAGGGUCAUGGGGGGAACGGAGUUUGUGUUCAAAGUGAAUCACAUGAAGGUCACCCCCAUGGAUGCGGCCACGGCCUCGCUCCUCAACGUCUUCAACGGGAAUGAAUGUGGGGCCGAGGGCUCCUGGCAGGUGGGCGUCCAGCAGGAUGUGACGCACACCAAUGGCUGCGUGGCCCUGGGAAUCAAGCUACCUCACACGGAAUACGAGAUCUUCAAAAUGGAGCAGGACGCCCGCGGCCGCUACCUGCUGUUCAAUGGCCAGAGGCCCAGCGACGGGUCCAGUCCCGACAGGCCCGAGAAGAGAGCCACGUCCUACCAGAUGCCCUUAGUCCAGUGCGCGUCCUCCGUGUCCCGGCCCGAGGACUUCUCCUUCUCCGAGGACCACAGGGCUCAGCAGUACAGGAGCCGGGCGCCCGGGAGGAGCGCCUGUCCCCGGCGGCUUGCUGCGCUUGCCUGCCUUUUGACUCUACUGCACUGGAAUAGCCUCAGAUAGAAAUGUUUUCCAAGUUCUAUUUGAUCCACCCCAGGUCUCCUUGCAGUUGGCAUUUUUUUCCCUUAGGAAAAGCGAGGACGCUGCUGCCGAUGCACUUGAGUGCCCGAGAACUGUCCUGCCCUUUCUCCUCGCCUCGCCCCCUCCCAGCCUGAGUCAUGAGCAGCUCUGUUUGAAGUUCCUGCUUUGAACUCUGUCCAGUCGGGGCCCUGGCCUGGGCGCCUUCACAGUAGUAAUUGCACUUUAAGACCGCAGAGCGUUUGGUGGAGGGAGCAGGGGGCGAGCGAGGCCCGCUUCUUUUCUUCCUCGUAAUUAUGCUUCGGUUUCUGAGGUGAACUUAGAAGGAGUGAAUAGCGAGCUACAGCUUUUCAUUGUGGUUGCUUCCUGUCCUCCUUUGAAGGUGUUUCCUCUCGGCGUUUUACAGCCUGGAAUCCGGCAGAGGGUUGUUGGUUUGGGACUGCAAACCAGACACAUUUUAUUAAUAAAGAGACUUGGGUGUAGAUAUGUACAUAGCAAAAGACCCACGAUUUACCUUAACCACCUUGACAGCCUUGAUGCAAAAAAAGGAGAGCAUCCAAACUUUCUGAUGUUGAGUGGAAAAGUACCUGUAAUUAAAGUUUCAAAGUAAUUUAAACUAUUGUUGUUUUAGCUCGCUGGGAACAGAGAUGGUGGCCAGACGCUGUUUUCUGGGUGGUUGGGGAAUGCUUGGUGCUGUCCUACCUGCUAAGGAGACAAGGGCAGCUGGGCAAAUAUGGAAAGCGGUCCUGUUACCAGGCAGGAACGUGGGCUGGCGCCUGUGUUAAAUGCCACAUAAAUGAUAGCGUGCCCCUGGUUCCACAGUUUCCCCUUCCUGGGACCCUUGUCUUGGCUCAGGCUGUAUCUAUCAGAGGUGAGCAGACGGUGCUUCACUCUGGCACGUCUGCUGCCUCCGAAGAUGAGCAACAGAGACCACACAGGUGUUCAAGGGCUGGGCGGGUCAAGGAGAUGCAGUGGGAGCUUCCGAAGCGGGGGCUCCAUCAGGCCCUUGACACGAGUGAAACCGGGACUUGGUGUAUAGGCUCCUUACCAAGGACAUGCCAGCUUGACUCAGUUUCUGCCCUGCCAUUACUUUGGCUCUGUCACUGCCAAGUGUCAGGUCACCUGGUACAGACUGCGAGCUGCUUUCUCACAGGCCAGGGGAGGGUGCAGGAAUCAUGUCUGCCCGUUCCUUUGCAUUAUCACAAAUGGUGCUAUCUGAACACCCCGUGUGAUUGCCAGUAGAGACUGGUGGAGGGAAAUGAUGAGUAACUGAAAUCCUGGAUGUGGCUAAAGGUGAACAUGGAAACCACGAUCGAGGUCAAGAGUCAUACUUGUAUUUAAGAAAUAAAUUUAUGAAAUGCUAUAGCAUUCUCUGUGGUGUUAAGUUACAAGGAUGGCAUGGAGUGCCAAAGUGCUUUAUCUCUAGGUUAUAUUUUAAGUUGUGGUGCAUACAAAGGGGGUUUAUUCCAAUGAAAGUACUAACUUAAUAUCUGCCAAGUUUAAUAAACAAAGAUGUCAAAAAUACCCCCAGAAGAUAGUUUACCUGUGGAUCUAUUUAAUUAAUACUAAUGCUAUCUUUAAAGGAUAUAAUAAAAUUAUGUGAAAUCUAUGCUCACUGCCAAAGAAUACCUCAGUGCUUUACUAUAAAAGUGGUAUAUUUAUAGUCACUUAAUUAACAGCUUAGACUUAUCUAUUCAAACUUUUAAAAAGUACAUUACAUAUGUAUGUACACACAAAUAUGUACACACACACAUAUAUAUAUACAUAUACCCAAAUAUAUAAGUAGUAACAUGUAUACAAUGUAAUAUAUAAUUUAGUGAUAACAAGAAAUUCAUGUGAUCAUAUCACUUCCUAAUGCAGAGAAUGAUCAAUAUGUUUUAUUCCCAAAUUAGUGACACAAUUAGACUUACACCUGUUGCUUACUUUAUCACCCACAUAUAUCACAUCUUAUCUUGUUUUAUGUCAGUCAUGUUAAUACAAAUAAGUGUCUUUAAAAGUAAGCCCCAUGUAUCCCAUGAAGAUCUUCCCAAGUUUUCCCAUCAUCUUGAAGAAAUCUAACUUCAGAAGUCAUUCAGGCUUAAGAGUCAGAAAUUUUAACUUAAGACCAAGAUGCUAUCUCUGAGAAAAGUAUGACUGAGUCCAGAAUAUUCUACAGCAAGCUUAAAAUACUCCAUAGUAUGUACUCUGGUGCUGGCAAGUCUACUCCUAAGUUAGUAGCAGGUAGUUCUACUUGCAAAUACUAGGUUUGGGGAGUAUAGUGAGUAGUGAAAACGUGGAUGCUCUAGACUUCACUGGCUUGCUGGGACUGUACAACACAAGUAGCAAUUGACUAUAACAGGAUAUUAAUUAUAUUCUAAUAUAGACCAUUCAUAAGUGCAAUUUCUUUAUGAAAAAGUUUCCAUCGUUUUUUUUUUGUAUACAAUUUGCAAAACUAAAGCAGAAUUAAUAUGCACAAGUCUGCAAAGAUUGCCAGGGUAAAUGAUUUACAAGUUACUUUGAAAAAACUAAUCAGCCACAACUGGGCCUUCACAUGGCAUUAUCUUUUUUUAAUAAAAAUAUUUGAUGCCAGCCUUCCACUGCCUGAAACUAUACUAGUAAACUUUUUUUAAUGAGUUGAAUUUAAGGAAGCACUACAUACUAGUAUACUAGAAGAGAAGAAAGUUCUAUUAGUUUGAGAUUGCAGUAUUCCCCCAAGCUAGGACCAGUACCUUGGUGAGAGCUGGAAUAGAAUGUGAGUGUGUGCAGAUGGCAUCCCUGAGGACUCAGAGCUUCAGAGAACUGUGGUGGUCCAGCUGCAUAACCCACUGACCUGUCUUGCCAAUCUCUACGCUGGCUUUGACUGGGCACAACUCAAAAAGGAAAAGCUCAUAUUCAUUCUAUUCCCCUCUGAUAGCAUUUACUGACACUCUGGGAUGUCUUCCGCCUAUGGUAUUAUGGUAUUUCUUCAAGUAAUUGCUAAAAGAUACAGGGCCAUUCUAUGAUACUCAUACCCAUUUUAUCUAGAUGUUCCGUGGGUCUACAAAUCUCCCCCUUGCAUUUUGGGUAGCAAUUGUAACAGAACCUUUGGCUUUUCCCAGGCUUUAGCUGCAUGAGGCAAAUGCAUUUAACACUGUGUUCACCUUCAUCCGUCUGCAGAGACUUGUGUUCGGGCAUUCCUGCCUUCCAUAGUUCUCUAUCCAUUGUUUGGUGGACACAAGGUCACACAGAGGUGUUCUCUCUAUAUCCACACUGGAAAGGGCACCUCCAGAGAGGGGGGCACACGAUGAGAAGGCCCGAGGAUGAAAGUUCUUUGAGUAGUAGAUGGAUCCACUGGUUUGUAAGCAUGAGCAGCACAAAAGGCCCCCAGGGUGUAUAUCCUGCGUGGGGUGCAACAAUGGCUCUAACAGGUCUUUUCGUAGACUGUUUUGUGAAAACCCUGCUGUCAUGAGGCUGUGUUCUCGCCACCGGCUUCCCAGUGGCAGACCACUCAAUUGUACAUCUUGGUGCCUAUGCCACCCAAGGUGCAAGAGGAUGAAUGAGGGGGCAGCGUGGCAGGUGCAACUACUGGAGUAGACCAGACACCUUGGGCCCAGCACAGGAGGAGGGAUCAGCCCAGCCCAGGGGGAUGGAGGAUGGGGAAAAGGCAGUGGUGCAGCUACAGCACCCAUCACCACAAACUCCGGUGACCUCCAGGAGAUGGGGACCACUGGGGCUUCACUGUAGACCUGGAAGCCCUGGCCCUGCCCCAGGAGUUGCGGCUGCUCCCCAGCCUGGGCUGGUUCCAGGAGGUUGUGGGUGCUCCCAUGACCUCCUCCUCUCCCAGUGGUCUCUAGGAGCACCAUCAGUGACCCCAACCCCUUGACUCUGUCCACCCCAUCCCCUAACCCCUGCGGGACUUCUACCUAUUUUAAAAUUAGAUGAUUAUUAUUUUUUUUGUUAUUGGGUUGUAGACAUUUCUAAUAUAUUUUGAAUAGUAACCCCUUGUUAGGUAUAGAGUUAUAUGCAAAUAUGUUCUCCAAUAAACUAAGGAGGUGAAAAACUUGCACCCUGAAAACUACAAAACACUGGUGAAAGAAAUUAAAGAAGACACAAAUAAAUGGAAAGAGAUCCCAUGUUCAUGGAUUAGAAGAAUAUUUUAAAAUGUCCUUAUUACUCAGAGAGAUGUACAGACUCAAUGCAAUUCCUAUUAAAAUUUCAAUGGCAUGUUUUGCAGAAAGAGAAAACAAUUCUAAAAUGUAUGUGGGACCACAAAGGACCCUAAAUAACUAAAGCUAUCUUGAGAAAUAAAAACAAAGCUGGAGGUACCAUACUUUCUGAUUUCAAAAUAUAUUGCAAAGCCAUGGUGAUUAAAAUAGUAUGUUAUAAGCUAGUAUGUUACAACACCUGGCAUAGACCAAUGAGACAGAAUAGAGUCCAGACUUAAACCCACACUAAUAUGGUCAACUGUUCUCUGACAAGGGCGCCGAAAUGCAUAAGGAUAGUCUCUUCAACUAAAGGUGUUGGGAAAACUGGAUAUCCAGAUAAAAAGAGAAUAAAAUUUGACCCUUGCACUAUACACAAAAGUCAACUCAAAAUGGAUUAAAGGCUUAUAUAUGGAGAUCCAAAACUGUAAAACUCCUAUCAAAAAACAUAGGUAAAAGGCUUCAUGACAUUAGUCUUGGCAAUGAUUUCUUGGCUAAGAUUCCAAAAGCACAGGCAACAAAAGCAAAAAUAAACAAGUGGGAUUAUAUUAAAACAAAAAGGCCUCUGCACAGCAAAGGAAGCAAUAGCAUGAAAGAGCAACCUAUGGGGUGGGAGAACAUACUGCAAACCAUAUCUAAUAAGAGGUUAAUAUCCAAAACACAUAUAAGAAACUCUUGUGAUUCAAUACAAACUAACAAACAAAACCUCAAACGAUCACAAAGGAUUUGAAUAGACCCUUUUCCAAAAAAUUACAUUUUAUAUUGUGUCCUUGAAAAAAAAAUUUUUUGCCAUGGAAACAACUGAAUGAUGUCACAGAUGGAUUGCAUAAAUAUGGAAGUUGAGGCUUCACAAAACAGUUGGUCAAAGAUGAGAAAUAGCUCUGAUUUCCAAAUAUAAAUAAUUUCAAUAGCCAAGAAAGCAAAGUCUCUGGUACAAUAAAAUGCAUUCUCUAAAGAAUCUUCUUUGAAUGUGUUCCAGCACAAAUGUCUAUCUACAAUAUUCAUAGCAAACUCUAGCCAACCUCUGCAUUUCCUUAUUAGCUUGAAACUAAAUGGCAGGAAACACCCAGGGCACCAAUAAUACUUCAGAAUCUUGUGCCAGUUUCAAACCGAGUGGACUGUACUAUGGAGCUAGUUUCUAAUUCUUUGAAAAAUUCCAUUGAAAUCAGAGAUAACAAACUUGAAAGGCAAGUCCUUUACUGAAUCAAUAAAUAAAACAUCAAAGUGAUUAUUGAGCCAAAGAUCCAAAGAAGUCAUGUGCAACUUUCAGCAUAAUAAAGCAGUGAAUAUGAAUUCAAAUGAGCAGCCUGAUUUAAUAAAACAAACAAACAAACAAACAAACAAACAAUACUAUCUAUUUCUGGAGCAACCAUUCUCCUAGGGAAUGAGGUAGGCAUUAACAUCCCUGUACUGUGCCCAGUUGUUCUCUUGUGCCUGGUUUCUGAACAUUUCUUCAGACCACAGAGGGCCAGUAAAUUCACUUUUCACUUUUUAUUCACUUGAAGAGCAGCAAGAUGUUGGAGAGAAUGGUGGUGCUAAAAAUAAUUUAAAAAAUAAUUGGAACUCUGGAAGCCCACAGUUCUGUGACAAUAUAUAAAUUUUAGGAAGAGAAUGUAAAAUCUCUUAUCGUAGCUGACCCACCUAAUGAUUUGUAAGAAAUCCAGAAAGACACAGAUCUUGUUGAGGGAACUGCUUUCUCAUUUUGCUGCUUCAUCUGAUCAAGUUGGGCAGAACUGUCAUUUCCUACAGCCGUUCUAGGGUGCCUUGUGCUCUGUGCUUUAGCUGUCUUAGACGUGCGGUGGAAAGAGUAUGGGCUUUGGCGCAAACAGGCAUGUGUUUGAAUUCCUGCUUGCCCACUCCCCUCUGGCCCCCUUUGGGUAAGUCCUUCAGCUUCUCUUUGCUCAAUAUCCCCACUUAUGUAAUGAGAACCAUGACCUAGCAGAAUAGAAGCUUUCAUAACAGACCUGCAUUUAUCAGAGUCCUGGAUUCAUGGACUCUCCCAUUUCCGCAUGGAAGUGUGCUGGCUGAUGCCCCUGACCUUGGUGCUUUAGCAUCUCGCUCCCUGGAGUGUGAACCAUCAGCAAUGCAUCCCAUGUGAGGCUGUGAGAGAUGCACAAUCCAGGCCCCAUUCCAGACCUGCAGAAUCAGAAUCUGUGUUUCAAUAAAACCUUUCUCUCUCUCUAGCUCAUUCUUGUACACAUUAAAGUUUGAAAGAUGCCACCAACUGAGUUGUAUGCCUAUUAAGUUGUUUUAAUCCUCAACCUUAUUUAUGUUCGCUGUUCUUUUUGUCGUCAUUAUAGAAUUAAUUUCAACGCUGAUGUUAAAAAGGAGAAAAUUAAUAAAUAAAGCAAUUAUUAAAAAUGUU